CCCAAACGUGUAAAAAUGGGCAGGAGUGAGAGCCAGAAGGCCCCGGGGCCUUGCAGGUGGGGCCUGAGGCAGUCACAGCUCUGGUAGCUUGGGGUUGCUAUAGGGAUAGCUGGGCCUGCCCGGGCAGGGUGUCUGCACAUCAGUCACCUGCUCCCUCUGCGUCCUGACCUGGUGUUUGUGUUGUCUUUGGAAACCGGGGGAGAAGGUGCCAUUUUGGUGCUGGAGCUGGAGGGCCCGUGCUCUCCCUGUGGCGGAGGGCAGCAGCUUGGCGGCAGGCAGUCAGACAGGUCCAGAUUUCACAAGUGAUUUGUUCUUGAGAAAGGAGCUUCCUCUUCUCGACUGCUUUGUCUUUUGGUCUGCCAAAUGGAAAUACACAAAAUGGAUGAAGUAUACAAGAUCUCUUCUACUGAGAAGGUCCAGCAGCUGGAAAGAGAACUAGCAGCACAGCUGGCAGAGUUGAAGGCACAAAUAGAAGACAAUGGGGUACUCCAGGGAACACCAAGCAGAGCAUACUGCUCUGUUCCAGUUCCAAAGGAUGUAACUUAUUUCAGAAAAGAAAGGGAGAUAAUACUGAAAAAAGUCUUACAGGUGACAGAGGCAAAAUCCCUUGUUAUUCAGGCUGAUGUCAUGCAGAGGGAGUUAGAGAGCUGCUGGAGAAGGGAGUACACAGCAGCAAGCUUGCCUCUGCUGCUGCACCAGUUUUUUACAGACAGAAUCACUCAGCUAGUCCAGAGUAAAUAUUUGCACAUGCUUAGAUGGAAGAGAUUUUGUACGCACAGCAGUGUUAUUGAGCAGCUUUAUCCUCUCUAUCAGCAGCGAGUUAGUUACAUCAUGGAGGAAUACAAUGAUGCAGUUCAGAGGGCUGCAAGGCUUUCAGCUGCAAGGGAGAAUUUCCUGACAGGAAAGAAAAAUCCAGUGAAUGUGGUGACACAGGAGGAUCUGAUGAUUUACACUCAGUGGUUAGUGUGCCACCUACACUCUCUGAAGGUCAUUCACCGUUUUCUCCAGAUUCUCCAGCAUUUGCCUGCUUCUCAUAGACUGAAUGUGGUUGAUGAGAAAUGUCCUGAUAUGAUCCCAGGCAACUGGGACAAAUUAAGUGCUUUUGACAAGAAUUCAGAAUCCUGCCACAAAGUGCAUCCGGUGUCCUUGCCACAGCACAGCACUGAAACCAAGGAGCUGAGACCCCAGCUCCAGCUUCUGAUGGCUCACUUUGGUAUUGACUACAACCUUGAGGAUCUCAAGAACCCAGCUAAUGAGAUGGAGCUCUUUUCCCUGGUUGUCAAAAAGUUUAGAAGCAUCUUCUGCAAACAGCAGACGAUGAGAACAUUUCCAGUUUAUGACGCAGAGGUUUCUAGAUCAGAUAAAUGGGGCAUGAUAGAUCCAACCAGGGCUUUGAAGAAGAGAGCCAAUUGGAUUCCCUUUUUAAAGAUUAAGCCUAAAGUAGAUCCCUGGCAGCAGAAGCUUUUGAUAAAACUAAAACAAUGGAAGAAAGUGGAUAAGAUGAUGGACCUUCAUUCAAAAUUUGUAGAGGUUUCGGACAUGGAGAGGGUGAUGGAGGGUCUCCAGAAUCAUGCAGCAGUGGUGCUCAAACCGCAUGCUUUGCAGUCAGGUUCUGCCACUUCUCAUGCCUCAGGACAGCCGAGUUACGAUCAUAUCUGGAAGGAAGUCUAUGCCUUCACUGAGCAUCACCAGGAACUAAGUACUGAGGAUGAUCACACAGCUGUGGCUCACGGUGAGGAGGAUGUAGAAAGCACCAGCUCCAGUAAGCCCCCAGGAUCCUACAGAAAGAGGAGCGAAAGAGGGUAUAGUUAUACGAGCACCUUGCAGCUGCUAGGAUUGGAAGAAGGAACAAUUGCUAACAAGGAGCAUGUGGUGACAAGAGGAACCUACCUGUCCUUUCUUCUCCUACGUCACCUGAGGCUCCGAGAGCUAAAGCGAGUAUGCCUGGGGAUCCUGAACUAUUUCAGGUCUGUGGAGAGAAGCCUGACCAUCAGUACCUCAGGCCUCUCAUUCAAGGCUGGUCAUCUAAUUCCCAGCACAGAAGACACCUCCUGGGUCAAUGCUGCCAAAGGAGGCACUGGUGUUUCUGGUGGUCUGCGCUUUCAACCCUAUAUUCACUACACGCCAGCUGACUACAAGGUGCAUAGCACUCAGUUCAUGGAGUUUGCAGAGGUGGAAAACCAUGAUGACUUUCACACUCGUGACGAUGGAUAUAUUCACACACAGGACCAGAGAGGGGCUUACAUCAUAUAUGACGUGGCUUUAGAGGACCUGAAGGAGCUUGAGAACCAGCUGCUGCUUGUGGCCAGUCAGUACAUUGAGAAAGAUAAAAGCAAUGUAACUUGUGGGAAGUAUGGUGGCAGCAAAAUCCUUGGCUGGGCACAUGCCUCUGUGGAUCGAUUUGCUGUGUUGCUUGACCUUUGGACCUGUGAAACUGCUCUCUUGGAAAAAAAAUGCCAGCUUUUAGAUGUUUACUUUGAAGCUUACCAACAUGCUUUGGACCCAGAGGAAAGAUUUGUUUUGGCCCAAGCAAUAAUUGACAUCAUGCAUAAACAUCCGCGGUUUGAUCUCAAGCUUGAAUAUUUUGUGAAUACCUACAAAGAUGAAUGCAUCUGUUUACAAUUUCAUCACCAGCUGCUGAGGGACAUAGUAAACCAACAAAUAGAUGUUCAAAGGGACUAUGUCCACAAGAUUUGGCAGAAAGGUCAGAAAGGUGGCAUCAGUGAAUUUGGACUUCCUUAUAAUGUGAUUGCUAAGCAACUUAUCUCUCUUAACACUAGCCAUCCUACUUUGAAGAACAUUUAUUUGCUGGAGUUUCACCCUUCUCUCGGUCUGGUGUCCUUGAUCCCCAAAGUUCUUGAGUAUAUCUACCAGGAAUUCUACAGCAUGUGUAGACCCAAAACAGCCAGUAAAGCGAUUAAUUUAGAAAAACAGCUACUUCAGCUAGUACUUGAUGAGUGGCUGACUAUGGAAAAACCACAAUCUUUCUACAGCUCUCAGAUUCAAGAAGAUUUGUUUGCAGAGGUGCUGAUAGAGGACCCCAUGCUGGUGCAAGAGAUAGCUUUAUCACUAUUAGAGAUGGGAGCAGACGAAGAAAGAAUGGAAGGCAGAGGAAGGCAGUUCUUGAUACUGGAUUCCUUCUCCACGCUCCUGGAGCUUGUCACGCUCCGCCAUCGCUUGGUAGAGGUGGCAACAGAGAGUGCACAGUUAGCCAGGUUAUAUAAGGCUUUUGCAGUGGAAACAGGUUUUGGGGAGUUCCAUUUGUAUCUGAGGCCAGCGCACUUUGAAUCUGCAGUUCACAAGGAGAAAGCAGACCAUCUCCCGCCAAUAUUCAUUACCUCUCUCUUGGAAGAUGACAGCUGUGUUGACAGAUAUAUCCCAUCUAGCUUACCAUUAAGCAUUCAAGAAAUCGACAGUCAUAUUGGAAAGUUUAGUUUUCGUACAAGAGAUGCUGUUAUGCAGCUCUUGUGUCCAUCUGGAAUAAAGAACAUGCAACUUAUCCUUGCCUGCCAGGUCAUUCAGAAAAAUGCUCUUUUGGCAGCUGUUCAGCAAGCCUCAUUUUGUUACCUGGUCCAGCCUGCCCAUACCCUGGACAUAAAGGGAGGAAAUGUAAGUCUAACAAGUCAGAGGAGUUCAGCAAGUGGAAGAAAUUCAGUGUCUGGAAGCCAAGCAGAGGAUCAGCUGCUGCCAGCAACCACACCGGACACAUCAUUUUCUGGGCGUUCUUCAGGUUUACACCGUGCCUUUCACAGGCCUCCCGAAGCUUUUGUUUCCAUUCAACUGGAGAAACUGGGGCCCCGAGAUAUGAUGCUGAACACUUUCAUCCAAAAGAAAGAAAUGCUGGGCAGCAGAAUGCAAAACCCUGAUGAAGUUCUGGAACUCAAAAGAGACAUUAUCGCUGAAUAUUGUCUUAAGCUGAAUGAGCGUGUGUCCCAGCAUGCCCUGAGAGGACAGCUCAUUGCAUACUACAAUAGCCUAAGAAGCCUCUUAGAUGAUUUUCCUGUCAUCAGAGACAAGUACUUUAUAAUUGGACUCUCUCAAGGAAAAAAAGAGGAGAAAGACUUAAAGGAAAGCCUUGUAGCUGAUCCCAGAUCCUUCCAUCCUCGACCGCACCAUUUGCUGUCUUCAGAUGGACUCACCUUCCUUAACCUGUGGUUCAUCCCUCACCCUGCUGAAGUGCUGAUUAUGUUCAAGAUGCUUCCAGAGAAGGCUGCUCUCAGAGCUCUCCACCUAAGCCUAGAAAUUGUCGGUGCAUUUCAUGAUGUGGUUUCAUAUCUUCUGGCUUUUGCUCAAUUAGGAAAUUCACCAAACUCUUUUUGUGCCUUAAUCCCAGAGCCUCUGACCCCAGACUGGGGAGGAACUGAAAGGAUUGGGAGUGAACUUCAAGAGAUACAGAAAAUGAUUGACAGCCUCCAGAAUCCACUAGAUCCCAGUGAAGUAGCCCAACUGCUAGCUGCUCACAGAGAAGUGAUGUUUCUACAGUUUGAUGCGGCAAUCCGACAUCGACUACGGGAGACAUUUUUGUCCUCAGGGAAUGUUUCAGCCUACCAGAAUGUUACAGACAGGAUAUCCCAUGCACUGCCUCCACUUAGUAACUCUGUGAUUCAGAGUGCAUUUUCUUCACAGCUACGGCUCCCACAGUUCCUGGAUCCUCAAAGCUGCAGGACACUCAUGCAUUUUCCUUGGAGGACAUUCCUAAUGGAUGGAGGAUUGUUUCCAGUCACUAUCAACAACUCAAUUAAUGUAAAUUACAACAUGCAGCUGUGCCUGUGCAACCUGAGUGAUGCAGACCGAAGAGUUGCUCACGGGGAGUUGACUGCAAUGCAGUUUCUGAUGGAGGAUGUCUUGCAGAACUGCUACAGCUGUGCUGUGGAAGAUCACAAUGAUUGUCAAGCCUCAUUAGCUAAGAGCAAGCAGAACUUGGCAGACAUGAUUGACACAAGUACUAACUGGUUGCAAAGCAGCAAAAAAAUGUGCAAACUUUUGCUGAGGCAUCAGGAUCCAGUCCUAUCAUGUAACUUAAUGAGAUCUUUCCUGAUACUGUGGAAGCAACUGGAAAUGUUAAAGGCAGAAUGGGGCCGGCUGAAGCUGAGGACUGAGGAUAUAAAUACAGUUCCUCUCUACAAAGAGUUUUGUGAGCAAUAUGGCACAGACAUCUUGCACCCGGCCAUGAAAGCCAUAGCCAGACAAGUGGGCACAGAGGAGGACUUUGGAGGGCCUGUUACAAGCACUCAGCAUAUACUUCCCCCAAAAGGAGCAUCAGAAAUUGAAAUGAAAGUGUAUCAGCUUCAAAAGCUCCUGGAAAGCCUGGAAAUCCACAUGAUCCAUGAUGUGCAGAAGAAGAUUAAACUGGAGAUGACUCUGGUGACAUCUGAAAGAGCCAGACAAGAGAGCAGCCUCCCCACUGAGCUCUGGAAACAUAGGGUAAUGCAAGAAAAUUUCUCAGUUGUACGACCACAGAUAGUUGAAACAUUUGUUCAAAGCCUGAUGGAAAACUACCAAGAAUCAGAUACAGAGGUUACUUUUAAAAAAAGCCAUUUACAACAGUGUCUUACCGUACUGGGCUGUGACAUCAUGGCCAGAGAACGCAGCAACUUUGAGACCUACUCCAUGUUUUAUGAAAAUAUUCUCCAGCAGCUGCAUCAUCUACUUUACCAAAAAGAACAAGAGCUGCAUGCGGUGGAAGAAGGUGGCAACCAAGGCGAUAUGGCUCUGAUGCAGAUUGCGGGGCUGAGUCAUGGAAUGAUUAUGGAAAUAACCGCUCUCAGAGCCCAGGUCGCUGACUUAGAGGAAGAAAAUCUCAGUCUCAAAGAGAAGAUAAGGAAAGAAAUACAGGAUGAAUACGAAUCAUUAGUGCAGAACCUAUUUGUGACUUUUGUCCAUCUAAAAGGGAAGUUGGAUGUCUAUCGACUUAGCAUUGAGCAACGAGUGCUUGAAAUCAUCAGUGAAGUGAGAAGGGAAGGAGUUGACAAUAUGAUUGAUCUGAAGAAAAAGUUUGGAUCCUCUGAAAAUAACGGUGACUUGAAAGAAUACUUGUCUAAACAGGAACAGCUGCAGCUCUUGCAGGAUGAAAAUAUCAGGCUAAGCAAGCUGGUGUGCAAGCUGAAGGCUCUGAACCGUUGGAAGCAAACCACUCAGAAGGCACGGCUUUCUGCAAAACUGAGAGAUGCUGAGAAGGAAGCUAUUCAAAACAAAAAAGAGUGUCUGAAUGCUAAGAUGAUGGCAGAACAAGAGGUGACUUCAUUUGAGGGUCAGCUCACGUCCAUAAGGAAAGCUCUUGUAAAAUCUCAAGCAGACAACGACAAGCUAAAGAAACUGCUACAUAAACAGAAACAAAUGCUGUUGGAAAUGGGACAUCAGAUGACACAAGAAGCUAGGAAAAGAGAAAUUCUCAGUGCGAUGAAAGCUGAAAAUGUGGAGAAGAUGCUUGAAGAAAUGGAAGAAAAAGAGCAGAGACUGGAAUGCCUGACCAAGGGAGCUGAAAGGUCUUCUAAAAUAGGCCAACUUCAACAAAAAAGGAUCAAAAAAGAAAUGCAGGAGAUAGGAAGCCAGUUAACCCAAGAGUGCAGUUUCAAACUGGAGACCUUCCAGCACGCUGAUGAACUACCGUGUCAAGUUUAUGGCCUGGAAGCUUCCCAGAGGAAUGUGACUGCAGGUUCUGCAGCUCAGGUCCGGAGGAACAGGCCUUCAGCAUCCACUCUGCUUCUGGAUUACAAGCGGCACCCUUCGAAUCCUGACCCAAGAAGCAGCACCGUAAAAAGAAGAAAUGCUCAAAGACCAAAGACAGUACCUAGCAGAUGGAAGGAGAGCGCAGCAGAGAGGCCGUAACCACACCUAAAUGAAAAGCCUCUUCCUGCUGUCUUCCUGCAGCUACAGGAACAGAGACUGCUCCAGAAGUAAGCCUAAAUGUAUUUUUUAAUCAGUUCAGGGCAUGUCAGAAAUUACCUCAAGGUUGCCAGCUUGGGUAAGAGAAGCACCAUUUACACACAAAUUGAAGGGAGGCAGCAAUGCCCCAGUGCUGUGCACAUACACUUCAACACAUUUGGAUGCAGUGCUACCAGCUACAGCCAGUUAACCCUCUAACCAGGUACUGGGUGAUGGAGAUCCUCCUUCUGAGCAACAGCAGCACUGCACGUCCUCCCUUGAUGGCCACUGCUGCAGCACAGCACAGCAAGGCAAGGAUACCAAUCAAAACUAAAAGGCUUCCUUUUAUUGUGGUAACCUUGGAAGACAGCCGUGCAAAGCACAGCUAAGUUCUCAGAGCAAAAGUGGUUUUAGUUAAACUGCUUCCCUAUUGCAACCAUUGAACACCACCACAUCCUGCCUGGCUGCUUUUACCCCCGGAGGUUGCUGCCUGUGCAGUGAACCUCUAACGUUUAAAAAUGAAUCAAAGAGUCAGCACCUCUACCUUCCCUAGCACCUUCUUCCCCUUCCCCCUAGAAAGGGGAAGGAGAGCAGCUCCUUGCACAGUGCUGCACUACUAGAAGAAAAUGCAUAAAUUCACGCUCCAUUAUCUGCAUCGCUCUCGCAUGUAAACCCAUUGCUUUUAUAACUGAACCAAUACAGGAAUCAAAGCUGUUUUUCAGAGAUGUGUCAGAUUGUACUGCAGCUUUUGAUGAUGAGUUAGAAUGUUAACCUACAUGCCUAUCAGCAUCACCCAGGUCACUGGAUGCUUGUGGACGUGAGUAACAAUACUCACCUCAUUUAUAAAUAACCAAGGCAUAAGCAUUAUUAUUUCAUUCAAGUUUGCUGCUACAGUACUACAUUAAAACAAGUCACAAUAUAAUCAGAAUGCUGUGGAAUCAGUUAUUGAAUAACAUGAGUUCUUUUUAAGGUAUGCCUUAAAUGAAUAAAAGGGGGACUGAUAAUUAUGUAAGGCCAGCUGUUGCUGACGGAGUUACCAAAUGUGAUCGUCAUACGUUCCAGGAACCAGAAGCCAAUUUGGAAGUAGAACGACAUCCCCUGCAAGAAGCACUUACACGCCAUUGCAGUGGUAAAAAGGGAAGGGAUGGCUCAGGAUAAUCGCAGUAUCUUGAUAUAGUAUUCCUUUGGGAGCUUGAUACAGCAAAAUUCAAAGACGAAUUUUGAAUGAAUGCUGCACCUACAGAAGAUUACCCUCCAAGAGAAGCAGUACCACAAGGCUAGUACUGUAAGAAAAAGGAAUCCUGCAAAGGCUUUCAGUGCUGUACUGUGACAAAUUUAAUUCAGUGCUUGACUGCAUGAUGUAAUGGAUGAUUUUCUGGAAGGCAUAACUUUAACACAUCAGGAAGCUCUAGGUUUCCUCCAUUUCCAUACAGCCUUUCCAGAAACAGUACUCAAGUUCUGCAGAUUUCUCGUAUUUGACCGAGUUAUGCCACUACUACCCUAGUGACGCAUUCGCACUUGACUACUCAAAAAACCAUCAAGGUCACGAUGUGGAACUACUGAGGUUAGUUCACUCAGAGCUGGUUAUAGUUUCAGUCAGUGUGUGACUACAGAACUGCACACCCUAUGUUCGCUUUUUCAAGCAUACUCUGACACUUACUGCCUAGCAAAUAUCUUGUCUUUUCUGUGUAAUCAAGGAGAGAAAUCAGAUCCAGAGCAACACGUUUUUCGUGUAGGCUAGAGAUCUUAACAUGAAAUGCUUUAACACAAACAUUAACAGCUUGCCCGGAGCCACAGACUGCAGCCCUUCUUUCACCUUACAGGCAGACAUCCAGUAUUAUGAACUUUCCUACUGGAAAAAGGAACAUUCAGCAUUAGACUUACAGGUUGUCACAGGUGGAACACGUGAUAAAUACCUUGUUCUGACCUGACAGCCAAAGCACAACAGGGUUAAUCUAACAGAAAAUUUCAUCGCUUAAUUGAGAGUUAUUUUUUUUGAGACAAUUCUAGAUUUGAAUCCCUACUUUUGUACACACCAAGUGCAAAGUUAACAACUUCAGAGAGCCAGAUCAACUCUUCAAAGAUUUUGUUUUCACGCUUUCCCCAGUGUUCGAC